CUUUGAUAAUGAGACAUAUAUAGAUUAGAUCACGUCAGAGAUUAUAAAUAUGCUGUACGUGCUUACGAUACGUACAUAUUACACGUAACGACAAGUAUUACACAUUGAUAAGAAACACAUAUCCCAGACAGCAUUUGUCAGGUUUUAAAAAUGAAGUAAAGUCCAUAAUUAUUUCCAGAAUGAGUUAUUCAAGAGCAAAAUCGUACGUUAUGAUUUGUUUUUAAUUGGUAAUAUAGUGAAUAGAAUUGUGACUAACAUCAUGGCUACAUUAACUGCAGCGGAUUAUGCAGUGAUUGGUGCAUUAAUUUUAAUCAGUUCCGGCAUCGGUGUAUAUUAUUGGCUUAUCGGUGGCCGACAGAAGUCGACUGAGGAAUAUUUUAUGGCCAACAAGUCAAUGCGAAUGAUCCCAGUAGCGAUAGGUUUGAUGGUUUCAUAUUUAUCAGCAGUCAGUCUACUUGGAGUGAGCUCUGAAAAUUACGUGUACGGUACACAGUACGCUGUGAUCAACAUCUCUUAUGGCCUUGCCACACCGUUCGCAGCUUAUUUUUAUUUACCGGUAUUUUUUAAACUAGGCACUGCAAGCACUUUCGAGUAUCUACAGAAGCGUUUCGGUACGACUACCCGAUUAAUAGCCAGUUUUGCCUUUUUGCUCCAAUUGCUUUUGUACAGCGGUGUGGUGUUAUAUGCACCUGCAUUGGCUUUAGAAGCUACCACCGGUCUUUCAACGACCGCAAGUGUGAUUGGUUUAGGACUCAUCUGCACUUUCUAUUCGACGAUCGGAGGCAUCAAGGCGGUACUUAUCACCGAUGUUUUUCAGGGUCUGUUAAUGCUGAUUGCCGUUGUCACAGUUAUUGUUACCGCAACAGUUGCUACUGGUGGUCUAGACCGAAUUUGGCAGAUUGCCGAAGAAGGAUCCCGAUUGGAAUUCAACAACAUCUCUCCAGAUCCAACUGUACGACAUACUUGGUGGAGUUUGACACUUGGUGGUUUCUUUACUUACCUUUCCUUGUAUAGCGUUAAUCAAGUUCAGGUUCAAAGAAUGCUGACUGUCAGCAAUCUAGGAACUGCUCAGCGUUCAUUAUGGUGGAGCUGGCCGAUGGCAACGAUCAUGUCGCUUACUUUGUGCUUUUCUGGACUAGCGAUAUAUGCAAAAUAUCGCAACUGUGAUCCACUCACAGAAGGCAGGAUCAGUUCAAAUGAUCAAUUGAUGCCGUUAUAUGUAAUGGACAUGCUGUCAGAUUAUCCUGGUGUGCCUGGGCUUUUCAUAGCCGGAAUUUUUAGUGCCGGACUCAGUACCAUCUCGGCCACGAUUAAUUCUCUUUCUGCUGUUAUUCUUGAAGAUUAUAUCAAGCCUCUCUGGCAUAUAAGUUGGACUAUCGUGUGUGGCAGUGGGUUUUCUGGCACAAUAUCUCGGUGGAUUGCUGCAGGUGGACCUAUGUUGGGUUUAUACACGCUUGGAAUGUUUCUCCCAUCGUGCAACCAAAGGGGCGCGAUUGCAGGCUUCAUUCUUAGUCUCAUGUUUUCUUUGUGGAUAGGAUUUGGACAGCCGAAACCGCCGAUUCCACGGUUGAAUGUCUCAACAGACGAUUGUGGAUUCAAUAAUACUAUUAUGUUUCGCGAUGGGAAAUCGUUGAUUUACACAAAUUCACAAUAUGAACUUCAAAUGGAGAAAGAUAAAUCCUAUUUCUAUCUUUAUCGCAUAUCGUAUAUGUGGUACUGUCCACUGGGAUUUCUCAUUGCUAUAAUCACAGGGUGGAUCGUCAGUUGGAUUACAAGGUGGAUUUUUAAGGAAAGCUCUACUGAAAUCGAUUUGAAUUUGCUAAGUCCGAUUGUGGCAAAUCAAAAACAAAAAAGAAAAAAAGUAGAAUAUCGUAACACAAUAAAAUUUAAUGAAUAUUGA